AUGGGUUCUUCGCUAGCCAUCAACACUAUAUUUAGACGCCCUGAGUUUUGUCAGUCUGUAGGUUCGUGCGCAUUUAGUGUUAUGAAUGUCACACUAAGCAUGUAAAAUACGAAGGUAUCUGGGGGGUUUAUCAAGACUUAUCCUUUGAGCGUGGCGCUUCGACUUUGUUUCAUCUAAAGCUGAACUCAUUGUAACACAUCAAAGUUACUUCAGUUUGUUCGAAAGGGGCAGUUAUAUUGCUUGGUAGAGGGGCGCUCACCGAUCGCGUUACGGAACUCACUUGUCUCGUUGUACCUUGGGGUCCCCACGAGCCCCGCCCGCAGUCACGUAACGGCGCGUAGCAUAGGCUAUACAGGCAUAAUAAACUCUAAGCUUGACCCUAUAUGAUGAGCGGGACUUCGUUGUUCUUGUUGGGCGUCCGAUGACUCCCCUUCAUCGUUGGUUGAUCGAUCUCUAUAGAUUUACUCCCACAGGCCACCCCAAAAGCCAAUUGCAUUGGUUGUGGCCUAGGCCGCAUUCACUAUCCAGUUGCCGGCCAAUGGUGCGCAUCAACUUUUGUAUACUUUUCUAAUGGUUAUGGUGCCAGUCAACACAGUCCCCGCUUCCCUUUUAGGUUCUCCUCAUGAGCAAAGCGGAAAAACUUCUCCCGAGGUGGCUGCGUUUCAUUAGGGGCGUCGUAGACAGCGAGGAUAUCCCUCUUAAUUUGAGUCGUGAACUGCUUCAGGACCACGGGCUUAUUCACCGAAUUAAUCGUAUCCUGACGGCCCGAUUGCUGCGCUUUCUCCUUGUGAGUUUUUUUCAUCUUAAUUAAAGUUUGCACCAUCUCUGUGGAUUUGGAACGUGCCUACCACCUAUUCACUGUACUAUGAAAUAGGCCUUGAAAGCUAGUGGUUACCGCCUUUUUCCAUUUGAAUGUGUUUGCUGUUACUUUUUAUCCGUUCACAUUGUUUUCCGUCGUUUGGCCUCCUUGUGGGUCAUGUGGUGCUUUCUCACACAGGUGCACGUAAUGAUUACCCCUAGCCGCUUUGCUCUAUUUUAGGCUGAGGCGAAGAAAAACCCCAAAGAAUUUUCCAAAUUCCUGUCCGACUUCGGUCUUUACCUCAAGGAGGGCAUCGUGACCGAGACUGAUCAGUCCACCCGUGAGGAUAUUGCUAGGGUACUGCGCUAUGAGUCCAGUGCCCUGCCUGCGGGCGAACUUACCAGCUUUGAUGAGUACGCCUCAAGAAUGCGCGCCGGCGAACGCAACAUCUAUUUCCUAUCGGCGCCAAAUCGUCAUCUGGCUGAAGCCUCGCCCUACUUCGAAGCGAUUCGGAAGAAAUCACCUGACACGGAGGUUAGAACUGAUUUGACCACAUCUUUUUCACCUUUUCAGAUGCAGAAGUGCACAUGCAUUUAAACACCUUGGUGUACUUACCACAACCUCUUCUUAGUUUCAAAAAGUGUUGUGCCUCCGCCUUUAACCCUCUACUAACAGAGUCAGCGUCCUGCCUCGUCUGGAACCAUUCCUGUUGAAAGGGUCAUUACUUUUAUCCAUGUUUUCUAUAGUUCUCUCUGAUCGAGUUUUCCGUAAAUGUCAUCUUCCUACCCUGCUUUAUCAGUGAUAUUGGCAUUGCUGUUGCAUCAAACUGUAAGUGUAGGCGAUCGGACUCCGCGUGGACGUAGAGCAGCUAAGCUAGUUUCAGGAAUGAAGCAAUUGUUUUUGUUACUGAGGAGUAAUUUGCAUGAACCCAGGGUUUGUAGAUCGUACGUCAAACUCUCAGUACAUUUAACCUUGAGUCGCAUCCACAGACACUACGAGUAUAGGCCGUUGUAUAUUCUGAUCGCUAUAAAGCGGAAUUUAAAUGACCGAUUAAGAAAUUACAAUUGUCACAGAAGAGUGGGUGAAAUGCUUUUGUUGACGCCAAAGAACGUCGCCGCGGCGCCUUUUUAUAUAGACAGGGUCGUGGUUUUGAACGCUCUCUUCUGUGGUGGUGAAAACGGGCUACUCUGCUGCAUUUUCGCUAAAUGGUGAUCACGCAUAAGUGAGGGACGCGUUGGAUGGAGGACUUGGGGUGCAGCGAUUAUGGGACAUUUCAAAGGUCCAGGAACACCUUUCUCCAUCACGUUGGCUAGGCUUUUCCACCGAUAAAUUAUGCUGUCUUAAACCGCUUACAUCCCAAAUCUGACGACGGUUAAUCACGAGGCGUGCGGUUUUUUGUUCAAACAUACGGCUCGAGAGCACUAAUUUUGCAGCGUUUUUUCGGGCAGACCGUCUGGCUGUGAGAUCUAGUUCAUCCAAAACAUUACGUUCUUAGACUUUCAUAGUCUGAACAUGGCAAGACGACGAGGCCAACGUCAUUGGGGUCUGCUACUUGACUUUUUUAUACAAAUUUGACACUGUCAAAGGCACAUGUAGUUCCAGGAUUCCAGUCAAUGACGCUUAAAUGGGAUAGCGGUAGGCUGUAUCCCUGGCGAUCUCAGUCGUAGCUUUUGGUGCACUAUCUAAGCCCAUUGCCUCCGCAAACUCAUUAGGGUCAGACGCACCAGCAAAUUACGUAAACCCGAUUUUCGACUUUUCGCAUCCACGGCGGAAUUGUAGAACUCGUUGGGCAAAUAGAUGGCUUGUGUCCUAACAUGCGACCCGAAAUUUGGGGUUGGCCAGAUGUCAUAUUCGCAUCACGGGAACCGCCGGAGAAUGACGACAGAAGAAACCUUUUCAGCAAUUUAAGGUAGACUUGUUCUCACGCUCCCUGUUGUCUAUUUCUUGAGGAGGCAUAAGCCAGGGUUUCACCUUCCUCCAUUUACUUAGACAAUGCAGUCUGCCUCCAUAGGAUUUCGUAGUGGUCGUAGACCUUAACAGAGAUGGCAUCCGCUCCGGUCAUCUUGUUGUUGCUCGACCUUCCGAAACAAACUUUCGCGGCAGCUAGUAGACUCAAGAAUGACGGACACAAAAUUUCCAAUGUGAGAUGGGGCAACUGUUUGGUCAUCAAAGUGAAUAGGCCGUUUGGACCGCAUCCUCUGACACCUGACGUUCGUUUAGUUGACACUAAAGUUAACAUUCACCUCAUAAAGCAAGUGGGUCAGUGCAUGGUCUGCAUCACCAUCUUGGCGAACAUGAUUAUGGGUUUUGCGCGUCACUAACAUUUGUAACACCGCGAAGAUCCCUACCCCAGUCCAAUGACUUUACAUUUCAUUUGACGUAUUGCCGUUAUUCUGCCAAGUUAAUGAGAGAAGCUGUCAUUGUGAAACUCAACCCAGGCUGUUUGAGGAGACAACUAUUAGUUUUCUGGGCUGAUCAUGGCUCCACUGGCCGGUGGUUGCCCCGCGUACUGUGGAUUCAAACGACAGCCUUCUGCUGCUGCCCUUUUUACAUCAGUCUGUAAAAUUAGAUGUGAUUUAGAUUUCUGAACCUUUGAAUCUAUUAGGUAGCCCUGUAUAAACCAUCAAGGCGUCGGACGUGAGUUCUUUUGAGUUUGAUGAAGAUUUGGAUUUUCAGAAGUGCCUAGACGUUACCUACUUCGGCACCACUCGCCUCCAUCUGCGACCAUUCCUCCAGCCAUUAACCCCUAAUAUGAGCAGAAUAUGAUAAAUAUAACUGUGUACAACGUCAUAGUCGGAGUGUCAUGUCCGCAGCUGUUUUAUUCCCUGUUUAAAAUACCUGUUUUUGUCUACAGAGCCUAACAGUCUUGUCCCACCGGUGCUCACCGUAUACCACUUCGUUCCUUCCCUAAUGACCGUUCCCCCAACUCAUAUAGGACGUAUGCUAUAAUUUUACUCCGGUACUGCGGCUGCUGGCUGUGCUCAUAUUUGUUCUGAUUGUAUUCACUCAUUUUUCGAAUCUUCAUUUCUCCCCCUAGGUUAUUUUCUUGUACGAGCCGUAUGAUGAACUCGUCCUAAUGAAUCUCGGACAAUACGACAAGAAGAAUCUCAGUUCAAUAGAAAAAGCCCUGUCAGAAGACGCGUCGAACAUCGACUCGGUCGAUCCCGAAUCUGCUGGUGGUCUUACCCAGGAUGAGGCAAACACACUUACAAAGUGGGCUGAACAAGCCCUGAAUAUGAAGGUCAAGAAGGUCAAGGUGAGUAGGAAACAGUGGUCUCUCGAAAUUCUAGCUGCUUGAGUUCUAAUAACCGAGUGUUUUAAUGGACAAUAGUGCUAUCUCGGCAAUACCUGAGGCCAUUCAAAAAAGUGCAUGCCCAACAGUCUAAGUGAUCAGGCUUGCCUAUUUUAUUGCAAAAGCUAACCGAAUGUUGGUUCAGUUGAUGAUUCCCCCGUGCCACACUUAAACACUUCAAUCCGUCAACGUACCACCGUCUCUCGGAGAUGAUAGCAACUUCUCCGUAGGCCACAUUUCUGGGAAAUCACUCCACAUGUAAAGAUGUACACGUUUUAUUUUCUACUUACAUGUCCUCGAAUUAUGCAUGUGUGCAAGAAGAGUGCAGCAAGUUUCUACCGAUCAAAGUUCAUAGUGGUAAACGGUAAGCUGGCUAUGGAUGUCACCUCGCCUCUUGGGCCGUCGACAUUAUCUCUCAUUCCUCCUAAGAUUAAUUACCAACUUUCGAAAUCUUUCAAGAGCCCACUCUUGCCCUGUUUUUCUUAGUUUAUUUCAGAACUACUAAAUUGUCUGUAAUAAACUCUUUUGUCUGGGGAUAUUUCACGUCUGGUGCCCCGGUAAGACAAAGCCGUUGCUAUCUGUUGGUCUACACAUGGUCGUUUCAACAGAUUAGCCGUACACAUGUCUUCUGCCAUUUCCGUACUGUACGGAGUCACGUGCCAAGUUACUUCUAGCAGCCGUUUUAGUCAGCGCCUUUUUGACGAUAGGCGAAUUUAUUCAGUGUUUGCCGUGCAGCAAACCCUUGUUUCUUGAUGCGAUUCUUCCCCUAAUGUGCACACUGCGUGCGAGUUUCUCAUAGUGACCAUCGUUUGGACAAAACUCACAUUCUCCACCCUGGAAAAACACCGCUGAACGUAUAUUACGCUCCAAAACUCGUUAGGUGCCGACCACACUCAUUAAACCUGCUUUUGAAAGAAAAAGAUUGCUUUUGUGAGUCGACAGAAUCGACUAGCAGGGAGCAUAAUUUCAAGUCAAUUCUCAUACGAUAUAAUUAUAACUUUUAACCGAGAAUCCCUCCAAUCAUCUUUGUGCAUCUCACUUUGAAAAGGGCACUACUUGAGUAGUGUGUUUCUUCUAAAAAAAAAUAGGCAUUAAUUUACUCAGCCAACGAAAGAGGAUUCAGAAGUACUUUCUAUUGCAACUACGUUUUGAACUGUUGUGCGUAAAGCGGCUAUUUCGGCUCAGAUAAUUUAUGAUUAUUGGCACUUUUUAGGACUCCCUUGAUUAUUUGUGUGAUCUUAUAAGUUAGGUUGACUAGUCGCAGCAUCGCGCUAACGUUAUUUGAUAGCCCACCAGCAAAGAGAUAACAGAAAUCGGGGUUUUAUGGGUGGGAACACUAAAAGUGGCCAAAAUACCACUCCAGAAACAUGCGAUGGUAAAGAUGCCAUGAUCGCAAGAGCUUGCUUAAGCGCAUCAAACUCUCGUGGAACUGGUUGCUCUUUAUGUAAGGAGGCACUGAGAACAGCGAAGUGGCCUUGUGCGCGGUGAGCUACAGUCAGUGACGAUAACGCCUGCGCAGUGGCAAGCAACCCUCCCAUACAUUAGUGUGCAGUAUUUGCUACUUAUGUUAGGAAGGUAGCGAGGUAUAUAAAAAUAUUGGUCGAAGGGCAGUCUUCAGCGCGGAGUAUUAAACGUGUUUAUCGGAUCCAAGCGCAAUACAAGCCUGCUGAGAUUACGCUUUGUAAGCGAUUAUAUGGAGCUUGUGUUUUUCGCACAAACCAAUUUGAUUAAUUCAAGUAAUCCUCCUCAGAGCUACUUGCUAUUAAUACAACAUUACUGUAGAUUCUAGCACUAGACAUUUGAUAAUCGCGACGUCCCUAGAAUUGCUCGUUGAAUUAAUUGGCAUGUUUCAAAGGAUAAGACUGAAUGCGGUUUAAGGUAAACAGCUAGUCAACUAAGAGGAACAGGCCAGCUCAAACGAGAUAUGAUAUCACUAUCCACAGUUGACUGUCCGGGGAUUCUGAUUAACCUAAUCUGAUGGCCGGUACUAUCCAGAUGCUCCAGGACCUUAUUUUUUGAUAAUUAUAUGUUGGUUGUUUUCAUUGUUCAUUUGGAUUUUCAAAUGACCGUUACCUAUCAUGAGGUUUGUUUUAAACAGGUUACUCGACGUUUGACCUCCCAUCCUUGCCUGGUAUCUAUCCGCGAGGCUGGUGCUAUGCGCCACCUUCUGCGUACUUCAUUGGCCGGCAGACCUGCGGCCGAAAAGUACCAAGCCAUGGAACCCGUGUUGGAACUAAACCCCCAACACACUCUCGUUCAGUAUCUCUACAAACUAUCUUCCUCAGACUCACCGGAGGACAAGGUCUUGGCUACUGCUCUCAUCGACUGUUUACUGGACAACGCGAUGGCUCACGCUGGCCUCCUUGAAGAGGUUCGCGAAAUGACAGAACGAAUUACGCAGCUUCUCACGCUACUCGUUGAACGCUUUUCCGGACCGAAGACUGCCUGA